GAGCUGAGCUCAGUUCCCUUUCAGAUUCAGAGAGGCAAGCACCGGGCAUCACUGCAGACACUUAACUUAAUUCGAAAACGACUUCGUUCCCCAAGAUAAUGAAUCCGAUUUCCGGUCUACUGCAAACGUUAAUGGGGAUAUUGUUUCUGUUUUCGGCUUCCGUACCAGGCGCUACUUCCGACCCGGACGCAAAGAACGAGAGUGUCAGGGAUCGCCUCCACCUAGGCCUGUUCCUCAACUACGACAGCGAUGUGCAGCCUCAGUUCCAAGGGGCCCCCACCAAUGUCUCCUUGGGAAUGGUGAUCAACUACAUAGACAUCGAUGAGAUGAACGGGAAGCUGACCACCCACUGCUGGUUGAAUAUCCGUUGGAAGGAUGAGGAGCGUACGUGGGUGCCAUCGGAACAUGACAACAUCCAGGAGAUCACUUUGAAGGCCAGCGAGGUGUGGACACCCCAGAUCACGCUUUUCAACGGCGACGAGGGAGGCCUACUGGCGGACACCCAGGUGAUCCUCAGCCACGAUGGCCAGUUCCGGCGGAUGCCUCCGGCCCUGUACACGGCUUACUGCAACCUGAACAUGCUGAAUUGGCCGCACGACAGGCAGACCUGCAAACUGAAGAUCGGCUCCUGGGGCCUGAAGAACAUCCUGCCAGAUAACACAACGGCCAAGGGUAAGUCCGUGGACUACGACGACCAGGUACAGUCUCCGGAGUGGCAGAUUGUGAACUCCAGGGCGAAGUUUGUGAGUCAGGACUACUACGGGUACAUUGAGUACACUCUGACGGCCGAGCGUCGAGCCUCGAUGUACACUGCCGUCAUCUACACGCCGGCCUCCUGCAUCGUCAUCCUGGCGCUGUCCGCCUUUUGGCUCCCACCGCACAUGGGCGGCGAGAAGAUCAUGAUCAACGGCCUGCUCAUCAUCGUCAUUGCCGCUUUCCUGAUGUACUUCGCCCAACUGCUGCCCGUUCUGUCAAACAAAACGCCGCUUGUGGUGACUUUCUACAGCACCACCCUGCUGUUCUUGAGCGUCUCAACGAUCAUUGAGGUGGUGGUCCUGUACCUGGCCACUGCCAAGCACAAGAGGAGCGUGCCGGAAGCGCUGAAGAAGUUGCUCCACGGGAACCUGGGCACCUGGCUGCUCCUCUCCCAUUUCAGCACCACCGGUGAAAUUCAGGCCGAGAAGACCAGGGAGAUGGGCGAGAACCUGUACGAAAACCCUGACGAGGACGAUGCGACCAAUCCGCUGGACAUCAAUCCCACGGGAGUACCGAGCUACAAGGCCAUCCAGUUCGACUGGGCGUUGCUGGCCGCCGCCGUGGACCGAAUUUUCUUCGUGGCCUUUAGUCUGGCUUUUUUGAUCCUGGCCAUAAUCUGUGCUGUCUAAGUCCUGUCUUAAAAACAUUACUUAUGCACCCUUAUCUUGAGUAAGAACGUUGGCGAUCCAUAUUAAAAUUAUAAAUAUUUAGAAUUCGAGCGGUCUUAAUAAAGGUAUGGGUGGUCACCUGGUUA